CGACACGGAAGUGCGUAGUACAGCGCUCGGAGUGAUGGCUGCAACGGCCCAGGAUAAUCGGCUGGACAGAGCCAUGAUCCACUACCAGUUCGAACCAGUUCAGUCGGACACCUCGGCGGCGGGCUACGACAGCUACGAUGGUGACUACGAGCAAACGGAAACUCCCACAGCUGCCAUGGAGAAGACUGCUGCUCAGAUCACACUCGACGACAUACUGACAGUCUUCAGUGCCACAAAGACGGUCAAGAAGGUCGUGUCCAACCAGAAGCUCUAUGUACCGCCCGAGCCAUCGUCUGAUGAGGUCAAAGACCUCGAGGCACCCAAGAAGGAGUUUGCCAGAGGAACAGAGUAUGCCAAAGAGUACCAAGAGAAGGAGCUGGCAAUGUUGAAGGAGAUGGAUCCGGUGGAGCAGCCGGGUCUUUUUAGCAGUGCUGGUGAUGCGACGGGCGACGAGCUCUCUACGGUGGCAGGGUCGGUGGGGGUCAGCCAGCUCCCCGCCCUGUCAGACCUGGUGGUGGAGAGUACCCAGCAGGUUUAUGCCACCUACUGCCAGAUGGCGCACGUGCCGAACAUGGACCUGCCGAUAAUGGAGUGCAAGGAAGAUAUUCUGCGGAUGAUUGAGACGUACUCGGUGGUGGUCAUCCGGGGAACCACGGGUUGCGGCAAGACAACACAGGUUCCCCAGUUCGUGCUGGACCACUGCGCCUCCAUGGGGACCCACUGUAACAUUGUGGUGACACAGCCGCGCCGCAUCGCAGCCAUCAGCGUGGCACACCGCGUCUGCCAGGAGCGCCACUGGACGCUUGGAAGCAUCGUCGGAUACCAGGUCGGCAUGGACAACCAGACGUCUUGCGACACACGACUGUCGUUUGUGACGACGGGUGUGCUGCUGGAAAAACUCAUCUUCAAGAAAGAUAUGAACGAUUACACGCACGUGAUCAUCGACGAGGUCCACGAACGAGACCAGGAAACGGACUUUCUCUUGCUCGUGGCGCGCAAAUUUUUGCGGACCAACUCUCGCGGUGUCAAGAUCAUCCUCAUGUCGGCCACAAUCAACGUGGACUACUUUGCGGAGUACUUCUCGACAUCUUUGCUUAACCGGCUGGAGCCAGCGCCCAUCAUUGAGAUUCCAGGCAAGAUGAAGGAGGUGCGGGAGUACUACAUCGACAGCCUGCGUACCCUGGGCGAGCUUCCAGAGUUCAAUGCGAAUGAACCCGGCAUUGCACCAGAGUCGUUUCGCAUUGCCCAACGACUGAUCAAGAUCUUUGACAGGAUCGAAGUCAUGGAGCAAAAUGUGGAUACGAACAAGGAGAGGUUUGCUCCGAACCGAGGGGCUGUCCUAGUCUUCCUUCCCGGCUAUGAAGAGAUUGCUGUACUCACUGAAAUGCUUCGAGAUGACUGCGUUUCGCUGAGAUGGAAGGUGCUUCCUCUGCACUCCACGGUGACUCAGCAGGAACAGCAGUCGGUCUUUCUGGCGCCUCCCAAGGGUCACCGCAAGAUCAUCCUUUCCACCAACAUCGCGGAGAGCUCCAUCACUGUUCCCGACAUCAAGUAUGUUGUGGACUUUUGCCUGACCAAGUGCCUGGUUUGCGACCCGGACACCAAAUACUCGUGCCUCAAGUUGGAGUGGGCCUCGAAGGCCAACUGCAAGCAGAGGCAAGGUCGUGCCGGUCGUGUGUCUGAAGGUCGGCUCUACCGCAUGGUACCUGUGAGCUUCUACGAGAACUACCUGCCCGAAUACGGCAUCCCCGAAAUGCAGCGCUGCCCGUUGGAGCUGACGGUGCUGAAGGUCAAGAAACUGGGGCUGGACGAGCCUAGGGCCAUGCUGGGCCUCUGCCUGGAUCCACCGGACCUUGGGGACAUUGAACGAGCUGUUCUGGUUCUCAAGGAGGUCAGUGCCUUGACAACGGUGGUUGGCGGCACCUUCUGCCCGUACGACGGCGAGCUGACCUUUGUUGGCAAGGUGAUGGCAGGGCUGCCCAUUGAUGUCUGCCUCACCAAGAUGAUCCUGCUCGGCUUCGUCUUUGGCGUGAUGGAAGACUGCAUCAUCAUGGCGGCUUGCCUCUCCAUCCAAUCGAUGUUCUCAAGGCCAUUCCAGAAGUUGCUUGAAGUGUACAAAUCUCGCAUGGCGUGGGCUGAAGGAUCCUUCAGUGACUGCUUGGCCAUGCUCAAAGCCUACAAGGUGUGGCAGGACAUGAAAAGGCAGGGGGCGUUCUCAAGGCGCAAUGGGCUCAACGAGCGCGAGUGGGCCUCGCGCAACUUCCUUCAGUACAAGCGGCUGCUCGAGGUGGAGCAGCUGGUCCGGGAGAUCCAGAUGCGCCUUGGCAAGUUCAACAUUCGCUGCCUGGAUCUGCCAAACCAAGCCCCGGUCAACCAGGACAAGCACCUUGUCAUUCUUCGGAUGGUGAUCUGUGGGGCUUUCUACCCCAAUUAUUUUUACCAAGAGGACCUUGAUGAGGCAAUGUGCUGCCGGGGUCUGAUGACGGACCCGCUGUGCUCGGUCACUCUCAGCGGGAUCCCCCAGAACCAAGGCGUUCUAUACGACCAUGCCAUUCGUUCGCUGCUCGCCCCCUGCAGCAGUCGCAUGAAGAUCGUCUUUGAGGAAACGCGCGCCACAGUAGAGUUCCUGCAGAAGGAGCGCCGCGACGGUAUCCUGCCCGCGGUCUACACGGCUGUCAAGAUGCGCCAGCUGCGCAUGCCCCUCGAGCUGUCCCUGUUUCGGCCAGAAGACGCCAAGGAGAAGCUCGAGCGGCUGCAGCAGCUCAGGGACGAGGACGACGGCAAUGGUGGUGACGGCAAGAGGCGGCUCAAGUCAAAUCGCUUGGUCGUGAUGCCCAGUACUGACCCCAUAAAAACUGUGCCUCUGCCGUCGGUCAGCCAGAUGACCAUCAACAUGUACUGCACCCAUGUGGUAGACUGUGGCCACUUCUACGCCCGGUACUCCGACCAAGCGUCCCAGGUUGCGGAGCAGCACAUGAACGAGAUAAUCAACCAUCGCUCGAGCGAGAACCUAAAGCCCUUGACAAUUCCACCAGACACUGACAUGCUUGUGCUCGCUCCGUACCGGGGAGUCUACUACCGGGCGAGAGUCGAGGGUGUACGCGACAACAAGCUUGCGAAGGUGUUCUUCCUCGAUUACGGCAACACAGAGGUCAUGAGCGUUUCCAUGCUCAGGGCCAUUGAUCCGGAGAAUCACGUGGACGUUCUCGUCACGCCAGCUCAGGCGUUCGAGUGCAAGCUGGCUGAAGUGCGGCCCUCGGCCAUGUCCAGCGGCACCGAGCUGUGGACGAAGCGUGCUUACGAGACGUUCAAGAGCUUGGUCAUGGGACAGUACCUCGUGGGUCGGGUGUACUCAGUUGUUGACAAUGUCGUCCGUGUGCACCUGAUUGUGGGAUGUGGAGCAGAGCAAGUCAACGUCAACGACGAGCUUGUGAACCGUGGCUUUGCUGACUACUGCGAGGAGAACUUCCUUUCCAAGAGAAACCAUCAGCUGAGGGAGAGGGUGGAGUCGUACUACCAGUCGGUGACGACCGAGGCGAUCGACCCGUCUGUCGCUGACUACAAAGACCAAGUCGACACGUCCAAGCUUGACGUCCGAGCGCUGCAGACAUCGUCACGAAAAGCAAAGCUUCACGGUCCGUUCAGUCCCCUGGAGGCCCGACUUGUCGGCAUGUCAAAGAUGUGCUGGCUCAGGGGCGUGUUUGUCGACCGCAACAGUGUCAACUCCGUGCUGCUCAAUGGAGAGCCGCAGAACAAGCACCCCCGGCUGCUUGUCGCGGCCACCGUAAGCCAGAGCUCCACAAGCGACCACGUGACUCUGCGUAACACAACCCUCAUGCCCUUGGUACCGGGCCUGCACUGCCUUCUGCCACUGCUGUUUGCUCCUUACAGUGAGCUCAGGGUGAACGCAGAGAGGUCAGAGUACGUCGGUGCACUUUGCGGCCUCGGUUAUGAGCAGAGGUCGAACCUGCCACUCUACCCGGAGCAUGACCUUGAGGUGUCCUUUGACAUCAACUUCACCAACGAGGAUCUUUUCAUGGUCAACAAAGUCCGCAUGAUGAUCAACCUUAUUCUGCACUGCGAACCUGGCAUGUCCGUCAUCAGCUGGGAUGGGGCCGGUCUUGCGCUUUGCCAGGACAAAGCACGGCGUUACCUGCUCGAACUGAUGACCCGCAAGCGCGAAUGGGUCCAGCCCCGGCAGGCCCAGCGCCGCCACCUAUGGAACCAGCUUCGGGAGGAGUGGAAAAUCCAGGCCGUCGUGGAGGGCGCGCUGGAAGUCGAUGACAACGUGCUGCCUCUGCUGGACGGUGUCAGCCUGGAGCUGUCGAUCGGCAACCUGCGCGCUCUGCGGAAGAAGCUGCAGGACCUUCACGUGCAGGCCAGCAACUGUCGCACCUCGACGGAGCGGAUGAUCCGCUGCCCGGUGUGUGACGUGAUGUCCCUGAAUCCAUACGACCUGCUUCAGCACCUCCGCACCAAGACCCACAUGGAUAAGGAGCGUCAAGUACUGGACCUCUGCGACGAGAAGUCUGCAGAGAUGAACCAGGCGCCCUCAAACUCCAAAUAGAAGGGUGUCGACACGUCCAGAUGCCUUCGAAGCUUCAUCUAAGGUUUAAGGAUGGGCUUACCAGUCGAACUGAUGACACUUCUACUUUUUGUGUAUCGAGGGAUUUCUUGCUUUGGUUCGACAACUAUUGGUCAUUGUUUUAAUGACGGAGUGUAGCAAAAGAAUGCCUGUCGAAAGAGUUGCAGUGCUAUGUGUACAUUUUGUGGGGUCCCAUUGUCUUUGUGUGCAAGCACGCGGCGGUCAGUUUCGGCUCACCGCAUUGGCCCGAGAAGCAUCGCCAAGUUGCUUAUUUGUAGCUUCGGCAUUCAGUGCAAACGCGACCACUACAUGCCUCCGCAAAACAUUGCUGGUUGCAUCUCGCUCUUUGUGGAGAUGAUGAACACUUUCUUUUUGCUUCGCGUAACAGUAAGGUUUUUCAAAAAUGGAUCGGCAUUUUAGUGCAAUAGGUAUGUAUGGAAUGGCAGGCGAGUUGAGUGGGCAGUCUUCUAUUCAUGCCUCGCGUGCUUUUCUAAAUUUCGUCAUUGGCUUCAGCUCUCUGAUUGUGUUCAGGGUGCAAACAUUGAAUCUCCGAGUGUCCAUUGAAAGGCUAAAGGUAUGCAAAAUACCUCGUAAGGGUCAACAGUUUAGGUCAUUAGUCAUCAGUUGUGGUUACACUAGGAGCAACUGUGAGCCACAUUCGCAACAUUACGCUGUACGUAGAUGUGUACUGAUUGACAGUUUCCUUCAAAAAUGCCUCGCAUCAACCUAUAUUGAAGAGGAAGAGGCAAGAAUCGUGCCGCUUUAUAUUCAAUUCGUCUAAACUUUGUGCUCUAUUACAAGUAUCGUUGCAGUCAAAAACUGAGAUACCUAUUCCUCCUUAUUGUUUUUGCAGAAUGUCAUGGCCAGAACAGGCUGAUUAUGUCCCUAUUUUGUGAUCACAUUUGUUAGUUUGCCAUUUGUGCGUGCAAGUGUGUGUUGUGUUGUGCUUAUGUUAGGCACGUGUAUGUAUGCGUGUGUGUAAGGGUGGGGGGGGACAAUUUUCAGGUAUUCAGAGACGUGGUACGUCCCUUUAUUACGGAAUUUGACAGCCAAGAUGGUAGCGAACUAUUGAUGCAUAUUAUCAAAGACGAGAUCAAGUUUGUCUUGCUUGUAGAGCAGCUAAGAAAAUUGAAACAGGUUCACCAUGAAAAAAUAUGAACUGACAGCAUCAGGUCCUUGUUGCUUAUUUAAACAUGAACUUGAUAUUGGCUCCCUCAUCCUUGUCCUGUCAUUGCGUUAUAUGACUUCCUUGUUUGAAAGCAUGCUGUACCUGAACAUUGCAAGUGCUUUGUAAUUGGUUCUUAAUUGUCUAACAUAAUGAGUGCUAUUUUUGUCCUUGUAUGCAAGUCCACGCUGCGAAUAGUUAAGACGCAUUUUAGUUUUUAUCGUCGUUUCAACAGUCACGAGCCUGUGAUCACACUAGCCAAACAUUUGUCGCAUUCAAAUGUAGACAUUCACACUUCAUCUCGUUUGCUGAUACAUUUUUCAUUUAUCUUGCAAUCUCGCAAGGGAAUAGAUAGCAUUUUCGUUUGUUCAUAAUAAAGUGUUAUCACCAAGGU